UUUUUAUGGGUUAAUUAUUAGGGGGUGCGGCAAUUACUUGCAAAAAUGAAAUAGAGACAAUUAAUGAAGAAAAUCUAAAGAUAGUCUCAUCACAACUGAGACAAGCAAUGUCUAGAUCUUCUUCUUGUAAGGUUGUUGGAAUGGACUGGAGCAAACGACCUGGAUUCUCAGAAACUUCUUGCCAUAUCGAAGAAUUUAAUAACGAGUAUGAUGAAGAAGAAGAAGGGUUGAGACAACGUUUCGUAGUUGUUCAUGGAGCUGGUUCUUUUGGACACUUUCAGGCAAGUAAAUCUGGUGUUCAUAAAGGAGGUUUAAAUCAGCCUCUUGUUAAGGCUGGUUUUGUUGCUACACGCAUCUCUGUUACUUCUCUAAAUCUUGACAUUGUCAGAGCUCUAGCCAGAGAGGGUAUCCCUUCGGUUGGAAUGUCUCCAUUUGCGUGUGGAUGGCUUACUAAUGAACGAAAUAUCGAAUCAGCUGACAUACAAAUGGUCGCUAAUGCAAUUGAUUCUGGACUUAUACCUGUUCUUCAUGGCGAUGCUGUGCUCGAUACAGCUCGGGAGUGCACUAUACUGAGCGGAGAUGUAAUUAUACGCCACCUUGCAGAAGAAUUGAAACCCGAGUUCGUUGUUUUUAUUACUGAUGUUCCUGGAGUUUAUGACCGUCCACCUUCAGAGCCUAAUGCAGUACUACUGAGGGAGAUUGAAGUCCACGAGGAUGGAAGCUGGUCGGUAUUGAAACCUGAAAACGUCAACAAAAAAGUUACGUUUACUGUGGCAGCGCACGACACAACAGGCGGUAUGGUGACCAAAAUAUCGGAAGCUGCAAUGAUAGCAAAACUCGGAAUUGACGUGUUCAUCGUGCAGGCUGCAUCAAGCCACUCCUUGACGGCUUUGAAAGGCGAAUUGAAAGAUGGAAUCCCAGAAGACUGGAUUGGCACUGCUAUCAGAUUUUCGAGAUAGAAGAAACAAAGCCUUUCUUUUCGUGGUAAACAUUGUCAAAACAAAGUCAUGUGUUUGAGAAUCUUAAUCUUGUCGCAAUUAAGAUCUCUUUAGAAAUCUUCAAAGUUUAAAUUGAAUGGAUAUAUACAUUCUUUUU